UAAGAGUUUUGGAAUUUUGCUUUCCAACAAGCCAAUGCAAAUCCCUUUUUUUAUCUCAUUAUUGGCUGUAUCGGCUAAGAAAUCUAAUCGCACUGGAGCAAGCGAGGGCAAAACGCUCUGUGCUGUGUAUAGCCAUAUAUCAACUUUCGCUUCCGUCGCAGAAGAGCAGGGUCAUUCACCCACUGUCUCGCAGUCUGUUGAUAUAACGUUCAUUGGUGUGUUUACAUCACUUCAAUAGAAAGAAACGACCAGCAAUACUUCCACUAACUACUGUUUUAAUUACCUGGCUUAAGUUGUUACGAUGAAUUCAAGUAAUUCUACAUCUAAAUUWAGCAUGUACAUGGAGCCCGAUGGCCUCAAGGUUUUUCGUCUAACUCUUACUGCGUUUGUGAUGUUGGCGUCCUUACUUGGCAAUGCCAUCGUUUUGAAGGCAGUAUUUGACAGCUCAAAACGUAAGACGGUCACCCACUUCCUUGUGGCGAAUUUAGCYUUUGGGGAGUUGAUUGGCACUGUCUUUAACGUUUUUCUACAAGUCUACAACGAGCUGAAACAUUUCCCUUUUGGMGAAGUAAUGUGCCGUUUGCUUAAUCCGUCUCAAGCACUUACCCUCAUCGUCAUCACUUAUACUCUGUCGGCUAUAGCCGUACACAGGUAUCGAGUGUUUUCUAGAGAUCAUCCACGUAAGAGAAUGUCCGGUAAACAAACAGCGAUGCUUAUCAUCACGUUAUGGACUAUUGGCCUAGCCAUUGUCUUUCCUUCGUUUUUAUACCAACAGCUCGUUCAAAUUCCAAAUAAGAAGAAUCUCUAUUGGUGUGUAGAUAUGUUUCCCGGCGAUACAAUAGAGACAUUUCCAUCCCCAGCUUUGAAGCAAUACUACUUGGCAAAGUUCCUGUUAAACUAUAUUUUACCGAUAGUGCUGAUGUCUGCUUCUUAUGGCUUCGUCGGAGUUAAGUUGCGACACCACAGAAAUCGUUCAAUUCGAGCUGAAGCAGACGAGAGCAGCGACAACAGAGGGGAAACAACACAACAAGAAAAUAUCUCUACACUUCAGCAACCUAACAUCGAAAAUACCCUAAGAAUGCAAGCCAUCAACGAGGAAGCAAACGAAAACUGCGCAUCUAGACCUUCUCAGAAUGUGCGUCGCAGAAUGAAGUCAAGAAAAGCCAAAGGCUUCGCCGAYCUGGAAAGAAAUAUUUUAAAAAUGUUUUACGCUAUUAUCAUUAUUUUUGUAGCGUUCUAUUUCCCUUACCAAGUGUUCUUUAUACUCGAGUAUUUUAGUAUCAUUCACUGGACGACAUGGAGAUAUUUUGAUAUUACACGAGAUUAUAUCUAUUUGAUGACUCAUUUCCCUUCUGCUUUACAUCCCCUGUGYUACGGGACGAUGAGCAAAUUUUUCGCACGUGCCUUCAGUCGUUUAAUAUUGUGCAGAAGAAUGCCUCGAUAACCUUUAUGAAAAAGGGAAGUAUGUGUAAAGAAAGAGUUAUCAGGGUCGUUUUUUAUGUAGAUGAAGUAGAAUUUUAGUUUAUUAUCUAAUCCUGGACGACUACAUGGCACGAGGUGUCACUAGCUAGUACCUUUGACUGUGUAGGUCCGCAGGCUGGGGGGUUCGGCCGAACCCUUCCCCCACCACAAGCUUAAAGGGUCCGGUGUUUCUCUGUUAUGAACUGUUUUUGAGAUGGUUAUUUGUAUAAGCUGCUCAUACUUGCAGCCAUUUGAUUUCUAACUCACUAUUCUGUGCAUUGAACUAAUUUAGUUAAACCUUUAAUUUAGGUCUGGAUUAUGAAAAAACGAACCCCUCGUAUUUGUAAGGCAGCCUAGGGGCCUGCUGUGUUUAGGGCGGUUCGUCGGUWGAGGCAAAUAAUAACAUUUUACAUAACGAAUUUUUAUAUGAUGAGUAUAAUAACAUGAUAUCAACUACAAAAGUUUGUUCAAUAAAUCUGUCUAUUUCUACUA